GGAGUCGGCCUGUUCGUGGGGCUGUCGUGACAUGUCGCGACAUGCCGGUGAAGGCCCGAGUCCAGUGUGGUUCCCUGCGGGAGCAUAUGGUGUACGCGUGUCUGCUCCUGGGGCGUGUGGUGACUCCGGCCCCCCGGGCUCCUCGUUGCCCACAGCUCAGCCACGCGGCCCGUCCAGGCUUCCUCUCCUUUUUCUCCCUAACACUAUGGGAAUCGCUGCGGCAGGCCCUCCCGGUCUCCUUUAAAGGAACAACCGCAUCAGCAGAACUGGAUUUUCCAGUAAUAAACUUAAUAAUGAAUCACAAUUACGUCUUUUGACUGUUAGAAGCAAAUAGAGCUUGCUAGAUCAAGUGCUGCAGGCAGCGGCACUGCUGGCUUGUGCUUAUUUUUGCAGUGUGAAAAGCUGGUCUGCAGUCAGCAUGAGCAGCUUCCGUAGUGGCGGUAGUGACAACCAGGAUGCUUUUGGAUCUUGCCAUCACCUCAUGAAUUCAUGCCAGGGCAAGAGGCCCUCACCUUGGAUUAGGCUGCUGCCAAGCUUCCUUAUGUUUGCUUGCUGCCCCUGGGACCAGUCUGGGCAGAAAAGGCAGUGUUUUGGGGAAGGCCUGCUGUACCUGUAUUAUAUAUUUCUUGUCUCCUGAGUAGGAGGUCUAGUGCUCUGUGAAGGAUUUGACUUACUGAACCGUUACCCUACUAUAUGCAGUAGGCAGGCUGGGGCUGUGUUAUACAGCUGCUCUUUGAUGGUUUAAGGAUUUCAGCUGAGCCGAAGUUUGAACACGUGGUUAUCUUGUGCAAUCUCAUCAGGUUAUCUGGCAUACCUACUUGCAGAUUAGAGGACUUCUGUAGAAAACUAGGUUGUAUUAAAACUACAGUAUUGAAAAUAAGAAAGUUUUUGGUACAACUUUCCUUGUUUGUGGGUUUCAGGAAUCCAAUUACAGAAAAUGAGAAGAUUUUAUUUACAGUCCAGUUAAACAUCAUCUGAGAUGGUCAAACUGUCUGCAUAAACCAAGGACUAAUUUUUAGUCUGCUGUUUAUUGCUAACCUUUCAAUCAUCCUGUAGUGUGAUGGAUCUAUAAAGCCUAAAGUUCCCAAAUCAGGAGAAGAAUGACACUCUUGUAAUUUUUCUUUUUAUUUGUGGCAGAAGUUAUUUUCAAUUUUUAGCUUUGGAUUAGUUUUUACUCACCUUCCUGUGGGCAAGUCUUCUGUCAAAUUGUCUCCGGUUUCUGAAAUCAAACUGUGCAGUCUCUGGGAGUUGUAUAGCGUAACUAGUCAUGGGGCAGUCCCUCCUACCAUAAAAUCCACUUGCUGGAUGAGUACAUGCAGUCUUCUAGGGUUCCUAGCUGUAGGAUAUGUAGUGUAUGUUGAAAUCUCGUCAGAAAGAAUCCCAUAGAAGGGAUGCUGUGACAGCUGUUGCAUCCUAGGGCAGAAAUGAGGUUACUGCAUUACAAGUGUUGCAAAGCAGCCCUGCCUAUGGCAGUCUCUUAGUCUUUGCCAGGUGGCGGCUACGUGCUUCUGCCAAGGCAGAGGCGCGGGUGGCUGCAUUUGUCUGAUACAGCAUUUCUGGAAGAACAAGCCCUGAGGGCGGUUGUAGCUUAUGUAGUAGGGAUGCUGGAGUGAGACACACUGGAGAAGUAGGGAGACGGAUCAAGGAGUUGGGUAAAAGAGAAAUGGGUAUAGGGUUGGGGCUGGAUGUUGGUAAACCUUAUGGGGUAGUUUGGAGAUGCAGAGGACAUGUUUUAAGGCCUUUUGAAAAUUUUACAUUGUGUUUGGUUAGUGUUAUUUAAAGCAUUUCCUUUUGAAGGGACAGUUCUAUUCCAAGCUGACUAAUCCCUGAACUUUUAAAACCACAACAAGCCGGUGUGUGAUAUUAGUGAGUCAAUGAUGAUGAAUCAUGCAUAUUUCAGUGCAAAUAAAUGGAUCCCUUUGUUUCAUUUAUUUUUGUUUUGGUAGUAUCUGGAGGGCCUACAGAAAGAUCAUGACGUUGUAGAACCAGGUGUUGUAAAAGCACACACAAAAAGACAGACCCUGAGCCUUCAUACACUCUUUUUUUUAUCUGUCUAUUUGAGCUUGAUUUCAACUUGUUUUAUCAACAUGAAUAAAAAUGUGUGUCUAAAACUCUUUAAUAUCAAAGUCUAAUAGUAAACAUUUCUGCCUUGUGGAAUUUGGCAAUUUAAGUAGUCUAGGAAGGAGAAGGUGGGAGCACUAUACAAUGGGCUAUGCCUCCCAGAAAGAGAGAAAUCAUAGGACCGUAGCUUGCUGGCAAAUGUACAUCUCCAUAUGUAGUCCUGGAAAUUGAAGACCCCUUCAAUUCCAGCUCAAUAUCUUAGUUGCAGAAAUUGUAUUAACUACAUUCAUUACUUACUUCCAUUAAUUACACCACUACCUUAGUAAAGGUGAUGUGAAGUUUUAAUUGGCUUUUAAAUGGAAAAUUAUAUGUAGAAGGAACAGUAGGUGGUGUGACAUGUGUGUGUAUCUGCUGUCUCCCACUCCCUUGCAUGGCAGGUUUUGUCCUUGGGAGAGGGGUAUGCCGAAGAAUCUGCUUUUGGUUUAACGAGAUUUUCUGCUGAAUUAGCACUUCUCUGCAGUUGAUUUCUGUGAAACGUAACUGUGAAGAUUCAGUAGGCUGCAAUUGUAAAAGUAAUUUGUGAAAUGAACUGCAGAAAGACUAAGCAGCAGCAUUGAAACUGCUUGUGAGAGCUUUAGCAGUUGUUAUCAUUUGCUCAUGAAUACAUGUUAGCUUCCUUAAUAGUUACAUAUUGAUCAGGCCUAGCUCCUGGGAGGCUGGGCUUCACCACUUAGAGACAGGACAGAUAAAUUGUUAUAUAGUGUACUGUCCACAUCAACUCGAUUGUAGGAUUUUGGCUCUAGAUUGUGUGUGCACAAAGGACGACGUGCUUCAAUUCAUGCUUCUUUGCCCCCAUCUUCAUUGGUAUUGCAUUAAUGCACAAUUUAAGAUGGUAUGAAGGUUAUCUCAUCAAACAGCCCUUGUAAAGGAGAGUGCAAGUGGGUUGAUUCUGCUUUAGGAUAAUGGCAGGAAAAGUAAAGUGGGUAACUGACAUAGAAAAAUCUGUUCUAAUAAACAACUUUGAAAAAAGAGGCUGGAUUCAGGUGGCAGAAAAUGAAGACUGGAAUUUUUAUUGGAUGAGCGUACAAACAAUCAGAAAUGUGUUCAGUGUGGAAACUGGUUACCGCCUCUCCGAUGACCAGAUUGUCAAUCAUUUCCCAAACCACUAUGAACUAACCAGAAAAGAUUUGAUGGUAAAGAAUAUCAAGCGAUACAGGAAAGAACUUGAGAAAGAAGGAAGUCCUCUUGCAGAAAAGGAUGAAAAUGGGAAAUACAUUUAUUUGGAUUUUGUUCCUGUUACUUUUAUGCUUCCGGCCGAUUAUAAUCUCUUUGUAGAAGAAUUCAGAAAAAAUCCCUCCAGCACUUGGAUUAUGAAACCUUGUGGCAAAGCUCAAGGAAAAGGAAUAUUUCUGAUCAAUAAACUCUCCCAAAUUAAAAAAUGGUCUCGAGAUAGCAAAACAUCUUCGUUUGUAUCUCAGUCUUCCAAAGAAGCCUAUGUGAUUUCUCUCUAUAUCAACAAUCCAUUACUUAUUGGUGGAAAGAAAUUUGAUCUUCGUCUAUAUGUUUUAGUAUCUACGUAUCGUCCACUGAGAUGUUACAUGUAUAAACUUGGAUUUUGCCGGUUUUGCACAGUAAAAUACACACCAAGUACAAGUGAACUGGAUAACAUGUUUGUACAUCUUACAAAUGUUGCCAUUCAGAAACAUGGGGAUGAUUACAAUCAUAUCCAUGGAGGCAAGUGGACAGUGAGCAACUUACGCCUGUAUCUGGAGAGCACCCGUGGAAAGGAAGUCACAAACAAAUUAUUUGAUGAAAUUCACUGGAUAAUUGUGCAGUCACUGAAGGCUGUUGCGCCUGUAAUGAAUAAUGAUAAACACUGCUUUGAGUGUUAUGGAUAUGACAUUAUCAUUGAUGACAAGCUUAAACCAUGGCUAAUUGAGGUUAAUGCUUCCCCUUCUCUUACUUCCAGUACCGCUAAUGACCGCAUCUUGAAGUAUAAUCUUAUUAAUGACACACUGAACAUUGCUGUGCCUAAUGGGGAAAUUCCAGACUGUAAAUGGAAUAAAUCUCCACCAAAAGAAGUUCUUGGCAAUUAUGAAGUCUUAUAUGACGAAGAGAUGGCACAAAGUGAUGGUCCCGAUCGUGACUUGCGAAGUCGUCCUGGGCAAUCCACUGGAGUAAAAGGAAAUCGUGCGAGAGAUUCAGGAAAGCCUGUACUGACCACCUGGAAGUGAUAACAGGAGAAACAGCUGCACUCUUGGUAGGAAGGCAUCAGGAACAAAAAUGCAGGUUUUGAACAGAUUCCUCUACUUUGCUACCUUGCAUAUGGGAAAUAUUAAAAGAGGACAAUAUAGCUGUUGAAAAGAAGUGAAACAGACAAUGUAAAAGCAGGAACUGUACUAGACAUACACUGACUUAAUGAUUAUUCCAAUAAUUAUAUAUAUAUAGUGUGUAUGUAUAUAUGAUUAUUUUGUACAUAUAUACUUUGUAUAUACUAAUAUUCUCCCAGUAAUGAUUAAGAACUUUAUAAAUAUGACAACUCAAAACGUGCGUUCUGAAAGAAACCCCUUGCUGUUCUGAAUAUAAUUUAUUUCCUCUGUAGCCUAUCCCUAGCUCCCUAUAACAAAUGAGCUGUGGAUUCCGUAAAUGAGUGGUGUGGUGAGUGUUAAUAUUGUCACAUGAGGGUUUAGAUUCUUGCUAGUAAAAGAGGAGAAACUAGAAAAAAUAGCAGUACCUGGACCUGAGGCUAUUGUCAGUUAAUGCAGCUAAUGUUUUAUAAUUAGUACUGAGAAAUUGAAAAGCAAUUCUUUAUAUGCUGAGUUUUUUUGGUUUGGUUUUGAAUUGUUUUUUAAAUUGCCUUUAAGUGUUUUGAGCUGCUAGCUCUUUAAAGGUAGAAAGUUUCAUGGGCAGAGGGAGUGUUUCAAAUGGUAUGUUGAUGCAUUAUUUGACUAGCCAUUAAUUUUUAUUUCGAGAUGAUGCAUGUCUGUAGAAAACCAGACAGAACAACGACAUACUGUAAUAAAUCUCAUUGCUUGAAGCUGAUGAGAAAUCCUUAUUUGCACCAGAAUCUCUUUGCGUGUUUGUGCUUGUAUGUAAGUACAAUAUAUUUUUUGUGUGAACUAUAACAAAAAUACUGUUGCACAUGGUAAGCUAUUGCUGGUAGCUAUGAUAACGAACGUUGUGAUGAUUAGCUACCAAAACGUAUAGAGCAAAGUUUAAAAAUAGGUAUUUCAGUCUUCUAACAGCGUAGCAUAUAAAUAAACUAGUUGGGUGUGUGA